AUGGAUCACGAAGCUCUAACACCCAAAUUCUAUGAAUGCUGGAUGACCUUCACUCAGAUGAUGAGUUAUAAUGAAGAAAUGAUGAAUAAAGCUAAAAUGGUGACCUACCUUUGCAAGCCAUUUUCGUAUACAAAUUCCCCCAACGAAAAUAUCAGCGAAUAUCGGCCGACAAAAGUUUUAGCGCUGAUUUUCCUCUGCGAAAGAAUUGAUCUAACAACUCUAUUCCAAAAACUGGACACCCUUUGGGACAAGGAAAACAUUUACAAUUUCGCCAACGACAACGUGCUGAAUAGCUUGGAAGAAUUUUUGAACUGUAGCACAAAAUCCAGAGAUUUUUCUACCAUAAUCCGAUUGGGCGAGGCUGUAACCCGAUGGCUCAACGACAACAUAUCGACCUUCAAUAUUCAUCAAAUAAAUGCUAUGUCGGACACGUUCUCCCGCAAUUUCUUGAAUUUUGCCAAGAACUCUCCGGAAGAUUUUUACGCGAACGCCGACAAAAUAUUGAAAGCCCUUAGCCAAUUUUGGAAAAUUUGGUUAAAAUACCCCGUUUUAAAGCUCCACAGCAAAAUUUUGGCCGUUUGGAACGAGACCUUUGGCAAAUGCCGAUGCUUGACUUACCCCGAUCACGAUUUCAAAAAUUUCCUGAUGAAAGAGGCCUGUUUGCACAUUAGCCUUCCGGUGGACAAACAUGUAAGUCUUUAA